UGCUACGCCGUGCUUUAGUACAUUCGAUUUUCGUAUGUACUAACCUUAACUCGCCCAGCCAACUCUUCUUUUUACCUUAUUCCCCAGCUUCCAGCCCAUGGUCUCUCCUUCACGUCUUCUUACUCGACGAACCAACCACGUCCUGACGUCGCGCCCCCUUCGUCGCCAUUCGAAGUUUAUUAAUCUCUAAAACCUUUUCUUCUUAAGAUCGCCUUGGUUAUGUCUUCGAUAGAGAUUCACGAUUCUCAGACUGAGGGAGGCGCUGCAAGUGGUCCAAGCACACAGCCACAACCCGUAGAAACUCGAUCAGGAACCCUCGACUCCAUCGAUUCUCCCAACGCAGCCAUCGACAUGCCUCAAUACACUUCUCGGGAUGUUGGCGAUCCGUCGCAGAUCAAGAAAAACAAGCAAUCUAUGGCCGAUCUGAAGUUACGACGCCUCACCGAACUGAACAGCAGGCUACGAGAAGACCUGGAACGAGAGCGAAUUCCCGUGUCGCAGGCAGCUAGGAGCAUCAUCGCAUACUGCAACAGCACGAGGGAUUACAUGGUUCCGUCGGUAUGGGGAGCUGUCCCCCGGGGCGAAGAUCCGUACGCGCCUCCUCAGAAUGGUGGAUGCUGCUUGGUAAUGUAAAUUGCGAAUACCACAAGCUAGCAAAGGCCUGCUCGAGGAGCGCACUACUCAGCCUAUAUCGAGUGUAAUAACGUGUUCUGUGGGAUUUACGUUGCGAUGAGGCUUGUAAACUUUGGGGAACC